AGUUUUACAUUAAACCCUCUUAAACUCACUAUGAUAUUUACACUGCUACCUCCAAAUUUACCAUUUUUCAAGACCCUUUUGUUCUUGUGCACUCUCCUUCCAUGCUAUCUGGCUCUCCCAGACCCAGAUGCAGCAGCAGCAACAGUUCAACCAAUCAUCCCAAACCCAUCUUCAACAGGAACAAUCCCAGCAUUCCCAGAACAAGCUGAUACUGAAGGGUGUCCUCUGAGCCUCUCAGAUGAACACUAUGAAGGGAUAAAGAGUGCAUGUGGGUCCAACAAAGAUGGUGCAGAUAAAGAGCUCCACCGUAGCAGAUGUUGUCCUGUGCUUGCUGCAUGGCUCUAUUCUGCUUACUCUGCCACUGCUCUUAGUGGUGGACUGAAACAUGCUUCACAAAGCCAUGCCUCAUCCUAUGACAUGCCCUUGCUCCCUGAUGACUCUGAAAACUGUGUGAGUGACUUGGGAAAGGCUUUGAAACUGAAAGGAAUUCAGCUUGUUCAACCAAAUGAGACCUGUGAUGUGGUGUAUUGCUACUGUGGCAUUAGGCUGCAUCCAUUGACCUGUCCUGAAUCAUUUUCAUUUACUCCAAGUGGGAAUCUUGUUGAGGGUGAAAGUGUGAAGAGAUUGGAGAGAAAUUGCUUGAGUAGCAGCACCAAUGUCAACAAAUUUCCGGGUCUCGGAGGAUGUUCCAAAUGCUUGCGUAGUCUCUACUUGCUUAGAAAGAAGCCUUCAAAUUCAAGCAAAUCAGAAGAUAGGACCACCAAGAUCCAUAACAAAGACUGUGAACUCAUGGGCUUGACAUGGCUUUUGGCUAAGAAUCGGAGAGCUUACAUUCACACAGUUUCUGGGGUUCUUCGUGCUUUGAUGUUAAGCACUGAUGGGUCUGACCCACAAUCAUGCACAUUAAACAGUGAUGGAAUGCCUCUUGCCGUUGAUUCCUCCGAAAUGUCAGAUCAAUCUUCAUCAACCAAGCUACAAGCACCAAUUUUUCUUCAUUUGUUAUUUUUAUAUUUGAUACUAGGCAUGCAUUUCAUAGUACUAUCCACCUAA